AUGGGUUUGAGAAAUCAAGACAAAUUGAAGAUGUUUGAAAAUGUUUCUUCUGCCACAGUGUUUACUCUUUCAGGUUUAUAUUUUACAUUUGAAGAAAGAAUGACCCUCUUCUGCUUGACUUUACUGUGGUAUCUUAUGAUCAUUUUUGGAAAUGUUGCUCUUAUUGUUGCUAUUAUUAUGGAUAAAAACCUCCAUGAGCCUAUGUAUAUAUUUGUGUGUAAUCUCUGCAUUAGUGCUCUGUAUGGAACUGUUGGGUUUUACCCAAAGUUUCUUCUGGAUCUUCUGUCAUCUCAUGUCAUUUCCUAUGCUGGUUGCAUGCUUCAAGGUUAUGUGAUACACUCCUCAUCUUGCUGUGAUUUUUCUAUCUUAGCUUUGAUGGCAUAUGACAGAUAUGUGGCAAUAUGUCGACCGCUAGUUUACCAUUCAGUUAUGACCAGACAGAGAGUCUCACUCUUUGUUGUUUUAUCUUGGUUUUUUCCUCUUUUCCUUAUGUUCAUGAACUCAGCAUCCUUAUUAGGAAUUCGUUUAUGUGGAUCACACAUAAAAAGGAUCUAUUGUGUCAACUGGAUGAUAGUUACUCUUGCUUGCUCGCCUCCUAAAGCAAAUUCUGCAAUCGCAUAUUUUAACAUUGUAUUCUAUUUUGCACAUUUCGUGUUUAUUGUUUGGUCUUACAUGUAUUUGAUAAGAACGUGCGUAUCCUCCAGAAAAUGGGGGAAGUUUAUACAGACAUGCUUGCCACAUUUAAUCUCUCUAAUCAUUUUUACCACAGCUGUGCUUUUAGAUGUAAUGUACAUGAGAUUUGGGAAAGUUGAGUUCUCUCAAAACUUCUAUAAUUUCAUGGCAAUACAAUUUCUGCUUAUUCCUCCAUUUGUGAAUCCAUUUAUAUAUGGUUUCCAUCUGACCAAGGUUCGCAACAAAAUCUUGAAGUUAAUUUGUUUUAAAAAGAGAGAUGCAAAGUGUCAUGUCAUGACUUUUCAUAUCAGAGGCAAGCAGUCAAACUGA